UAUGGACUUUAGGGCCACUUUGCUCAUUGUAGAAACCACUUCCGAUUCGUCUUUUCAGAAUAAAGGCUUCUCUAGCAAAGCUCUGCCCAGACCUUAUUGUUUCUCUGUCGCGUGUUUAGCUUUAUUAAGACAAGCAAUCCACUUCCGGCUGUGUCCCCAUCGUCUCCCGUUUCUCGUGACAAUUUUCAAGAAAUGAGGCGUGUAGUGUGAAAAAAAAUAAUAUUAAUACGGAGGCUAAAUACACAUUUAAGAAAAGGGGUCAAAGGCGGAAAAGGAGGACACCUCCAAGUCACAGCAUUGAGACUCUCAUUUCGCUCUCCGAUGUGCGUCUGACCCAAAAACUCGGCCAUUCAGCGAUGGGACCUGGGAGAUCUGCUCAGCUCCCUUGCAGCUGUUCAGGGAGCCGAGGAUAGGACCAAGACAUCGGUCAGAGUCACCGACAGAGUGUUCUGUUGGUUCUCCACCCGAUUAGUGCGCGAAUGCGCUUGGGAGACGCUGGAGAAGCCACCCCACGGAGAAGCGUUUUCAGAGCCUAAAUUCCGUUUUUGUCCGUCAUCGUGAUAGUAAAUCAAUCUCUUCACAGCUCCGCGAAGCGGAUGGAGUGAACCGUGCCAAAAGAGGAGGGGUAGUCAGACUGCAGUUCGGUUGCGUGUGAUGAUAGGAGACACAAUGACGCUCCUGUCUCUUUUGGGUCGGAUCAUGCGCUAUUUUCUUCUCAGGCCGGAGACGUUGUUCCUGCUGUGUAUCAGUCUGGCGCUGUGGAGCUACUUCUUUCACACCGACGAGGUGAAAACCAUCGUCAAGUCCAGCCGGGAUGCCGUGAAGAUGGUGAAGGGGAAAGUGGCGGAGAUGAUGCAGAACGACCGCCUUGGAGGCCUCAGCGUCCUGGAUGCGGAGUUCUCCAAGACGUGGGAGUUCAAGAAUAACAACGUGGCCGUGUACUCCAUACAGGGCAGGAGGGAUCACAUGGAGGACCGGUUCGAGGUGCUCACCGACAUCACCAACAAGAGCCACCCGUCUAUAUUCGGGAUAUUCGACGGUCACGGGGGAGAGGCUGCAGCUGAUUAUGCCAAGGCCCACCUGCCUGAGUCUCUGAGGCAGCAGCUGCAGGCCUUUGAGAGGGAGAAGAGGGAGAGCGCUGUCUCUUACGCCAGCAUUCUUGAGCAGCGCAUCCUGGCUGUGGAUCGGGAGAUGCUGGACAAGCUCUCCGCCAACCAUGAUGAAGCAGGUACAACGUGCCUGAUGGCUCUGCUGUCAGACAGAGAGCUCACUGUGGCCAACGUCGGAGACUCUCGCGGAGUGUUGUGCGACAAAGACGGGAACGCCGUCGCACUGUCACACGACCACAAGCCAUAUCAGCUGAAAGAGCGCAAGAGGAUCAAGAGAGCAGGCGGCUUCAUCAGUUUUAACGGAUCCUGGCGAGUUCAGGGAAUCCUGGCCAUGUCUCGCUCCUUGGGCGACUACCCUCUCAAGAACCUCAACGUGGUCAUUCCCGACCCAGAUAUAAUGACCUUUGACCUGGACAAACUGCAGCCUGAGUUCAUGAUCCUGGCGUCUGACGGUCUUUGGGACGCCUUCAGUAAUGAGGAGGCAGUGCGCUUCGUCCGCGAGCGCCUGGACGAGCCUCACUUCGGCGCCAAGAGCAUCGUGCUCCAGUCGUUCUACCGCGGUUGCCCCGACAACAUCACAGUCAUGGUGGUAAAGUUUAAAAGCGGAGCCGGGGGCAGUAGCAAGGCCGGUGUGUAGGUCUGGGGAGCUCACACUGUGAUCAGAAGGAUUUUUUUUUUAACCCCUCGUCUGGAUGCAGCAGGAAGGUUACAGGAAAGCUGAGGUGUGUACCUAUAACAAGUCGACACAUAAAUUUCCUCAUGUAAGAACAAAGCUUUGUUUUUCAAUUGUCAAUUUAUUCAGAAAAGGACAUUUAAACAUACUGUAACUAACCUUUGUAUGAAUGAUCAAUUCUUGAAAAAACAAAAAAAGAACAUAAGUGCAGAGUAAGUACAGAACUACUACAGACACAGGGGAUUUUCUCUUAACCAGCACAUACCAGACUGUGACUGCUUUACUUCUGUUUACUGUAAAUUGCACAUGGACAGUACAACUCCACUGGGAGCUUUUUACGGGAUGCUUUUAGGAGAAACUGUGUUACUAUAGGAAGGUGCUAAAACUGUAAA